AUCCUUGGUGUGACCGCGUCAGUCACCAUCCUUCGUCAAGGAUGCACAGAGACGGCUUGAUCGAUUUCACGGCUGGGAGUGUGUCAGGCCUCGUUGCCGAUGGAGCGACCCAUCCCAUCGACACCAUCAGGACGAGGCUAUGGGUUCAAGGUCCUGCGACAGGGUUGGAGUAUCGAUAUCGGGGGCUGUGGGACGGUUUCCGCGAUAUUGUGAGGAAAGAGGGUAUCAAUGCCCUCUUCAAAGGGUUUGGCAGCGUUGCUCUGCUCACUCCCGUGGCUCAUGGGUUGUACUUCGGCUCAUACGAGUGGUCGAAGAUGAAGUUGCAGUCCAUGACGACCAAGAGCGGCGCUCGCGUGAUGGGUGAGACGUCUGCGCACAUGACUGCAGGAUUCUUAGCAAACUGUGUGGGAGCAUUGAUCUGGAACCCGAUGGAUGUGGUGAAGCAGAAGCAGCAGGCAGUAGUUGGCGAUCUCUACCACGGUCCCGUCGAUGGACUGGUCACGAUAUGGAGGGAGGGAGGCCUCAUGCAGGGGCUGAUGCGGGGCUACUGGUCUGGCAUCGCCACUUACGGGCCCUUCUCCGCCAUCUACUUCAUGACGUACGAGCGGUUCAAGCUUGACUGCAUGCGGUACAAGUUGACUUCGGGCAAGCUUAACACAGCGCAUUUCAUAGUUGGUGGUUUCUUCGCUGGUACUGUGGCGGCCAUUGCCACUGCCCCGAUCGACCUGAUCAAGACGAGGAUCCAGGUUUGCGAUGGAUACCGUGGGGUUGUUCAGACUGCUACAAGGCUGGUGAAGGAAGAGGGCGUCGGCAUCUUCACCAAGGGGCUCAUGGCCCGAGUGAUCUGGGUGGCUCCAGGAUGUGCAAUCACCAUUGCCGUGUUUGAGGAUGUCAAGAUUCUCAUGGGUGGCAAGCCCUCCCUAUGAUGGCGGACCUUUCUCUUUUCUGUAUUUCUGCGUGUCGUUACUCGUUCUAGUUCAUGUUCGUGAGAUCAAAUCUCAUGUGUUUUUCUUUCAAUCCACGUUUUUCGAUAAGAUUUCAUGAGAUGUUUUGUGGCAGUUUUUUCCUAUUACCAUAGAACACUAAAGUUUUCAAUACAGAUUUUUCUAUUCAAACAAAACAAGUGCAAGUUAUGUACACACCCUUGUUUACAGGAAAGAACAAACUAGAAUUAAGAGGUCGGCGAGCGCAGGCGUUUCUCCCCCAAGGAGCACACUCUCUCUCCAUGCUCACUCUGAGAACCCUCACCAAUCAUCAGAUUCUGCAAGUUGACACACGCUUGUGAGAGCGACGACAAGCUUGCCGAAUCCUUGGCAUCGGAGCAGCUCUUCAAUCGAUCUGGUCGCCGAGCUACGUCCUUCUCUCGAAGCUGAUUGUGACUUUCACUCCUUCUGUUGAGAAACCAGCAGAGCGAACCAACAGAGUCGUCAGAGAUAUGAUCCAUGGUCUUUGACCGUCUCAUCUUCCUUGGAGGACUGACCAGAUCCAUGUCUGGGUUGUCUGACAUUGGAGACUCCAACGAUGGCUCGAUCCAAAGCAGAGGCUUGACCUUCUUUCCUUCCUUUCUCCUCAUUCCUGCAGAUCGAAAGUGCAUGUGAUGAGCUGGCUCUUUUCUCGAAUCGGCGAUCGGUCCUUGAGCAGAGUUGGAGCUGUCGGGGGACCCGCUGUCCUUGAGAUCAAUCGUUAUGAUCUCUUGGUGUUGUUCGGCGUGUGACUGGCGUGCUUCUCGAAUCUUGAAUUCAAGUAUGUAUGGAAUCUCAACCACAAGAGAAAAUAUGGAGAGCGCCGCCAAGAUUUACCGUCGGCACCAGAGAUCCAAAUCAGGGGAAGGUACGCAAAAGGAGGCGAAGGAAGAACGAAAAUCCAGAGAGAUAUGUGGAGGGUCGGAUGUCAACGAUGGAGGAGGAGAGACGGGGAGAGAGAGAAGGAAGAAGAAGAGGAAGAGGAGGAAGAGGAAGAGCCGCGACGGAGGGGGACGAGAAG